AUGGACUCGAGACACGAGCAAAUUAGAAAAGCAAUAAAUGAAGCAGAUUUGAAAAUGUUGAAAAAGAUAGCGACGACUGGACCAGGUUUGAUAAAUUCGGAUUUUCGUCGUGAAUGCUGGCCAUUACUUUUACAUUGCACAUUUGAUGACGAGAAGAGAACAAAAGGCCGAGCAGAAGAUAUUUCGUUAAAAGAUCGACAUCAAGUGGAAGCUGAUAUUAAUCGUUCCUUUGUUCAUUUUCCGAAAGGAAUAUCCUCAAUAGAAAAGACGGAAAAAAUAAAGCAACUACAAGAAGUAAUAAUAACAGUUUUGAAGCGGCAUCCAGAUAUUUCUUAUUAUCAGGGAUUUCAUGACGUAUGCUCGUUUCUGCUACUGAUCUUGGGCGAAGAAACAGCCAUAAAUGUUGCGGAACAAAUAGUAAUGGGACCAUUGAGAGAUGCAGCACGCGAGUCUUUGGAGCCUUUCAUGCGAAAUCUUACUUUAGUAGGUGAAUUAGUGAAGAAAGAAGAUGCGCAAUUAUAUAACUUUCUAGUAUCGUCGGAAGUUUUUCCCGAACCUAUCUCAUGCAUUAGCUGGCUAAUGACAUGGUGUUCACAUAAUGUCUACGAUUUAGACAAACUCGCGCGAAUAUUUGAUUACAUGAUUGCGUCGAACGCGCAAAGUACGUGCGCAUAUUUCACCGCCGCAGUAAUAUUAAGUCGAAAAAGCGAACUUUUAGCAAUAAACGAUGAUGAUUGCAGUCUGUUACACGUGCAUCUUGGCAAAUUCCCACAAGAUGCCAACAUCGAUUAUCUCAUCGAAAAAGCUGUAUCACUACAAUCUCGUUAUUCACCCGAAGACAAACUCAACAAACUUUUCAGCUUACUUCUUGUUCCGAAGAACUUCUGGCACUCGCAGAUCGAGGAAAUACGCGAAAAAGUCUCGGGCGCUGUGAAAACACUUGGCUGGUUUCUUUUUGGGCUACAAAUUGCAAUCAAACAAGCUCUCGACGCAUUCGAUGGACGUUCUCUUCCGAUUACUUACGACCAAGAAACAGAACAUCUCGUUUGGGCAUUUUUAACCGAACGCAAAGUUCUCAGAAAAUUAUUUGUUAAAAAGUAUAACGAUCACCGAAUUGCCAAUGACACUCGGGAACUUGCUGAGGAAUAUGAAGAUCUUAUACAAAAAUUACUCGAUAUCGCGACAGAAAGCGACAGACAAAAUAAACAUUCAGCAUCAAAAUCAGAACAAUUAACCGAAAAUUUGAAAACUAGAAGAACAAUAGCGGGCAUCGUCUCUGGGGCUGCGAUAGUUGCUGCGCCAUUAACAAGUGGUGCCAGUUUAAUUGCUGCCGCCCUUGCUUCCACUGUAGCAGUUCAUGCCAAUGAAAAGAUAAAAGCUGAAGCUAAAAAAACAGAAAUCGUCGUCAAUACUAAAAGUAAAUUGAUUGAAAAAAUAUCUAACAUAAGUGAAAAUGUAAAACAAUUCGAAAUUGUAUGGAGAGGUUUGGCUGAUGAAGCUGUAUUGCAAAAGGAAAAUACCGCAGAUGAUCCGAUUAUCAAUAAAGACGAUUUAAAAUUGAAAUGGGAAGAGAUGUAUGAGAUGUUUAAAUCAUACGCAAACAAUGCUCAAAGAAGAUUAGAUGACGCCAGUGUAAUUUGGAUCGAGUCUGGCGCUGCUUCUGCUGGAAAGAGCAUUGGAGAAUUAUCAUUGAUUAUCUUUUCAUUAGAAUUAAUAUUAUCCGAUUUUCGUUAUUAUGUAACAUUAUUAUCAAGAAGUUAUAUGUAUUUAAACUAA